UUAAUCAUGUCAGGAAGAGGUAAAACUGGAGGCAAAGCCAGGGCGAAGGCCAAGACCCGUUCAUCCCGUGCCGGACUCCAGUUCCCCGUCGGUCGUGUGCACAGACUCCUCCGUAAGGGAAACUAUGCCCACCGCGUCGGUGCCGGAGCGCCUGUCUACCUGGCGGCGGUUCUCGAGUAUCUGACCGCUGAGAUCCUGGAGUUGGCUGGAAACGCGGCCCGCGACAACAAGAAGACCCGCAUCAUCCCCCGCCAUCUGCAGCUGGCCGUCCGCAACGACGAGGAGCUCAACAAACUCCUUGGUGGAGUGACCAUCGCUCAGGGCGGUGUGCUGCCCAACAUCCAGGCCGUCCUUCUGCCCAAGAAGACCGAGAAGCCCGCCAAGAAGUAGAACUACACCACAAGACAACAAAGGCUCUUUUAAGAGCCACCUACUUUUCACAAAGCUGCAAAACCCUAAAGUGAUCAAACCAGCCUUAAAUUGCAUUA